AUGUCACAGCGCAACAGUGAGGCUCCUGUAAUGAGCUCGAGAACAGCCCCUCAAUAUGACGAUCUCGACAAUUACAAUGUCGAAGACCUCGACGACCCUUUCCAGUCUCCACCACCACCUGAGGCGAAAGACAGCAGCAGCACAAACAAGAGAAAGAAGGCGGAAGCUUUAGGACUCGACGAAGAGGUCGAGAUAGCAAAACGAGUAAGAGUGCCGCGAGUGAAGUUGGACGAGGCUCUAUUGUUGUCCGAGAACGGGAUCCCAAAGCUUAGAAAACGCGCUGCGAACCUUAAAUUCAAGGGCAAGGGGCAUGAAUUCUUCGAUGCAGCUCGUCUUCUGUCGUUCUACCAGCUCUGGCUCGACGACCUCUUCCCGAAAGCGAAAUUCCUCGACGCCCUGGCCAUGGUCGAAAAGGCUGGUCAUAAAAAGCAAAUCGCGCUUAAGCGAAUGGACUGGAUAAACGAGGGCAAACCCAAGCCUUGGGAGGCAGAUGAGGACAGGACGGAGGAAAAUGCCGAGCCGACGGCUCAGAAGGACAUGACUUUAUUAGUGCCCGCCGAAGGUACAGGUCCAGAACAACAGCGACCGAAAACACCGGAAGGAGGUGACGUGCCAGACGAAGAUGAUAUAUAUGGGGCAACACUUCUGGCGCCUGUCAGAAGCCAGGACAAGGAACGAUCGAGGCGGCGCACCGAAGAACCAGAGGACGAUGAUCUCGACGCGUUGAUGGCCGAGGCGGAUGCUGCAACCCAGGCACAGGCACAGCUUCGGCAGAAACCUGCUGCAAAGCCUGCCGCUGAGGAUUUCGCAGACGAGGAAGCAGCCAUGGCUGAGAUGGAUGGGUUAUGGUAA